AAAAUCUUCAGUCACGUGACCGCUCUCCUCGGAAAAAAAAUUGUAAAGAUGUUGGGUGCUGUUGGAAGAGUUUGUAAUUCGGUGCUUAAGGCGGCUAAACCCGCUACGAGCAUCCAUGCUUAUCAGAAACAGGUUCUUCCCGUCCUUUACCACACAGGGCAGUCUCGGAAUGCUCCGGCCGCCGCCGCCCCCGCCGCCGCCGGCUCGACCGGCCAGAUCACGGCCGUCAUCGGUGCUGUGGUGGAUGUGCAGUUCGACGGCGAGCUGCCGCCCAUCCUCAACGCCCUGGAGGUGAAGAACCGCGAGCCGCGCCUCAUCCUCGAGGUGGCACAGCAUCUCGGUGAGAACACGGUGCGCACCAUCGCCAUGGACGGCACAGAGGGUCUGGUGCGCGGCCAGAAGGUGACCGACACCAACUCGCCCAUCAAGAUCCCCGUCGGUCCCGAGACGCUCGGCCGUAUCAUCAACGUCAUCGGUGAGCCGAUCGACGAGCGGGGCCCGGUGCCGACCGACAAGCGGGCCGCCAUCCACGCCGAGGCGCCCGACUUUGUCGACAUGAGCGUCUCGCAGGAGAUCCUCGUCACCGGCAUCAAGGUGGUCGACCUGCUCGCCCCCUACGCCAAGGGAGGCAAGAUCGGUACGUGGCGGGACGCAGGUGUCCUGGUGGCGCUGGUGUACGGCCAGAUGAACGAGCCGCCGGGCGCGCGUGCCCGUGUCGCCCUGACCGGCCUCACUGUGGCCGAGUACUUCCGCGACCAGGAGGGACAGGAUGUGCUGCUCUUCAUCGACAACAUCUUCCGCUUCACACAGGCCGGCUCGGAGGUGUCGGCCCUGCUGGGCCGCAUCCCGUCCGCCGUCGGCUACCAGCCCACCCUGGCCACCGACAUGGGUAGCAUGCAGGAGCGCAUCACCACCACCAAGAAGGGCUCCAUCACCUCCGUACAGGCCAUCUACGUGCCGGCCGACGAUCUGACGGACCCGGCGCCGGCCACCACGUUCGCCCAUCUGGACGCCACCACCGUACUGUCGCGCGCCAUCGCCGAGCUGGGUAUCUACCCGGCCGUCGACCCGCUCGACUCCAUCUCGCGUAUUAUGGACCCGAACGUGAUCGGCGAGCGCCACUACAGCGUGGCCCGUGGCGUGCAGAAGAUCCUGCAGGACCACAAGUCGCUGCAGGACAUCAUCGCCAUCCUGGGUAUGGACGAACUGAGUGAGGAGGACAAGCUGAUCGUGUCGCGCGCGCGCAAGAUCCAGCGCUUCCUGUCGCAGCCGUUCCAGGUUGCCGAGGUGUUCACUGGUUUCGCCGGCAAGUUCGUCUCUCUGGAGCAGACGAUCGACGGCUUCUCGCAGAUCCUGGCCGGCAAGUACGACCACCUGCCCGAGGCCGCCUUCUACAUGGUUGGACACAUCGAGGAGGUGGUCGAAAAGGCCGAGAUGCUCGCCGAGCAGGCCAGCGGCUAGACGGCGCGCCGGACACUAGGGAGGGAGGGGCAGUCUGUUACGGAGUCUAUGUGUGGGUGUGUGCGCUGAGGGCGGCUGGGGCGGCCCGCCCCGCCGGCCAGAGUAUACAAAGCUGCCAUCUGUGUCGGCAGCCUCGGAGGAAGUGUGAUACGGCUGUGGUUUAAAUAUACUGACCGCGCCGAGAGGAG